CCGUGGGUCCCAUCCACCAACUACUCCCCUAACUCCUUACUUUUCCAUUAUUUAUUUAUUUAUAUAUUUUUCUUCAAUAUUAUUCUUAUCAUCAUCCUCUUCCGUUUCCAUCUCCAUCGCUGAAAAUGGCACAGCAACCGGAAUCGGAGAUUCCCCCUAACUUCUGGGGCCACACUCCCGAAGAGGAGUACUACACCUCCCAAGGAGUCACCAACACCAAAUCCCACUUCGAAACCCCCAACGGCAAAAUCUUCACACAGUCCUUCCUCCCACUCGACGGCAAAAUCAAAGCCACCGUUUACAUGACUCACGGCUACGGCUCCGACACCGGCUGGCUCUUCCAAAAAAUCUGCAUCACAUUCGCCACCUGGGGGUACGCCGUCUUCACCGCCGAUCUCCUAGGUCACGGCCGUUCCGACGGCCUCCGUUGCUACCUCGGCGACAUGGACAAGAUCGCAUCCACCUCGCUUUCGUUCUUCCUCCACACCCGCCGCAGUCCUCCCUACACCACCCUCCCAGCGUUUCUCUUCGGGGAAUCCAUGGGCGGUUUAGCCACAUUGCUGAUGUACUUCCAAUCAGAACCGGACACGUGGACGGGUUUGAUAUUCUCCGCGCCGCUUUUCGUGAUCCCCGAGGAUAUGAAACCUAGUAAGGUUCAUUUGUUCGUGUACGGUCUCUUGUUUGGUUUGGCGGACACGUGGGCGGCUAUGCCUGAUAACAAAAUGGUUGGAAAAGCGAUUCGGGAUCCGAAUAAGCUGAAAAUAAUCGCUUCUAAUCCAAGGAGGUAUACAGGCCCACCUAGAGUAGGGACCAUGAGGGAACUUGUUAGGGUUACUCAGUAUGUGCAGGAUAAUUUCUCUAACGUAACGGUGCCGUUUCUUACUGCACAUGGAACUGCUGAUGGUGUCACGUGCCCUUCAUCUUCUAAGCUUUUGUAUGAGAAGGCUUCUUCUAAGGAUAAGACUUUGAAGCUUUAUGAUGGGAUGUAUCAUUCUUUGAUUCAAGGGGAGCCGGAUGAGUCUGCUAAUCUUGUAUUGGGGGAUAUGAGGGAGUGGAUUGAUGAGAGGGUACGAAGAUAUGGGCCAAGUGACAAUUCUCAGUAAACAAAAGAAAAGUCUCUCUUGUAGUUUGGAAUGGACCUGGUUUUAACAAUCACAAGAUUUGUUUGAUUAAGGACUAAUGAAAUGGUCAUGACUGUAUUGAAAUUAUUAGUAUGAUAUUGCAUUGCAGUUCAAUAGAAUGUUUUUAACUA